GAGUGGAAUAAAGCAGUUUGAUCUGAAACUGUCUGGAGCACAACUACGUAGGCAACAUAGAAGAAUAAUAUCAGGGAAGUGGCAACCAUGGACUUUCCUUCCUCCUUGCUGGGACUAGGGCUACUGUACCUCUCUGUGGCACAAGAAUGUGGACAACCAAGAAACCCACGAAUUGUUGGAGGCCACGAUGCCACCAAGGGGAAAUGGCCGUGGCAAGUCAGCAUUCUCAGGAGUAAUCAACAUAUUUGCGGUGGCUCAGUUAUAAGUGAACAAUGGGUACUAUCGGCAGCUCAUUGCUUCUAUAAAGUCUCCUCCAACAUUGGAGGCAAGAAGGACAGUUUGGAGAGCAAGGAGCAGAAACUCUGCUUUUGUGUUUACAACAGUCAACCUGAUUACAAAUACACAGUGCUGCUGGGUGCCUACCAGCUCCAGAAACUCUCAUAUGAUGAAGUAUAUGCAGAGGUGAAAAAAAUUGUCCUCCACCCAGACUACAAUGGGAAGAGCGGCUCCCUUGGAGAUAUUGCUUUAAUUCAACUGCAAAAGCCAGUGAUUUUCACCAACUCCAUUAUGCCCAUCUGCUUGCCGAUGCCCUCUGAAAAAUUCUCGAGGGGAGAGGAUUGCUGGGUCACCGGAUGGGGAGCAAUUAAAGAGCAAGUAAACUUGCCAGCUCCACUAACACUCCAGGAAGUGAAAGUGCCGCUUGUAAGCCGGAGAGACUGCAGCCUGAUCUACAAGCAGUUUCCAGUUUGGGACCUGGUCAAGGAUCCUAUCAAGCCUGAUAUGUUCUGUGCAGGUUCUCCAGAAGGUGGGAAGGAUUCCUGCCAGGGUGACUCGGGGGGACCCUUGACUUGCCAACUCCAAGGAAAGUGGACUCAGGCUGGGAUUGUGAGCUGGGGAAUUGGAUGUGCCAGCGGUUUAUACCCUGGUGUCUACACUUCAGUGCCUUUCUAUGCUGACUGGAUCAGAAAUGUAAUGGAGGGGAAAAACAACGGAGGACUGCAAAAUGUACCCACUCUAGUAAUCCUUUUGUUGUCCCUUGGAAUGGCUGUUCUUUGAUAUCUCUUUGCCUGCAGCCUGUCCGUUAACUCA